AGUGAGUUCAUGACUCUACCAAACCUAUUUCUUAGUUUCCAUCAUCCUCUUUUUAAGUCCUUACCCAACAACAACAACUACAACCACCUCCAUAAACCCUCCCUUUCUCCCAAACUCCAAACAUUGUUGAAUCCUCAAAGAAACCUCAACCUCAACCUCAAACCAUGAGCUUCACUUUAGCAACAUCCUCAUCCUCAUCAUCUCUCAACAACAAUCACCUCUCCUCCACUUCAAACCCACCCUUACCUUCUUCCUCUCUCCGUUUCCCCACUCCCACCAAUCCCCAAAAUCGCCUCACAAUCAUCUCAAAUGCCACCAACCAAAAAAACACACACCCCAUUAUUCAAACACUCACCCACUACACAAAAGCGGCAAUUCUCAUAGGUGCCACUGCCUCUAUGAUCGGAAACCUCUCUAUUCUUCCGGCGAAAGCUGAACCUCCCACCACCAUCACCGAACAAAACCCAGUUCUUGAAGAAGAACAAGAACAAGAACAAGCCCAAAAACAGCCGCUAUCCGAGCUUCUCGACUCCAAUUCUGAAGCGGUUGAGGCCUUAAAAUCGCUUUUACAACAGAAGCUCGAGAAUGGCGAGGACGAGGAGGGUCUUAAGGUCUUAAGACGCCUGGUAUCCGCGCAGCCCAAUGUGACUGAGUGGAAGUUCCUUAUGGCCAGGUUGUUAAGCGAAAUGGGAGAUACCGAGAAUGCACGCAAGGUGUUCGAAGAAAUUCUCGACUCUAACCCGUUGAGUUUCGAGGCGUUGUUCGAGAAUGCGUUGCUGAUGGACCGAUGCGGGGAAGGCGAGGCGGUGAUUACGCGGUUGGAAGAGGCGUUGAGGAUUGCGGAGGAGGGAAGCAAGGCGAAGGAGGCCCGAGACGUGCGGUUGAUAAUGGCGCAGAUACAGUUUUUGCAGAAGAAUGUGGAGGAGGCUCUGGAGAGUUAUCAGGAAUUGAUUAAGGAAGACCCAAAUGACUUUAGGCCCUAUUUUUGUCAGGGGAUGAUUUAUAGCUUGCUAGAUAAGAAUGCAGAGGCCAAAGAGCUGUUUGCUAAGUACAGGCAACUUUCUCCUAAGAAGUUUGAAGUGGAGGGCUACUUGAGGACCCCAUUGUCUAGGAUGAAGCUAUUUGGGUCUGACCAGAAUUGAGUUUGGGUUGUUCAACUUCAAUAUGCUGGAAUAAGGUAGGUGAAGGCAGUGUGGGUUUUUGCUGAUCGGGUAAUCCUAUGGCCUAUGCCUAUGUCAAAUUUUGAUAGUUACUUUACUCUUUUAUAUUUUGGUUUGUUACAAGUUAAUCAUGAAUUCUAAGUCUCAAAGAGGAUGAUUAGAGAAACAAGGAAAUAAUAUUUUAACUUAGUGGAAAUAAAGAUAGAUUUUCUUGUUA